ACCUAUUUUUGGCUCUUUCCCUUUCUCCAAACAUUGCAUCUGUCCGACUGUCCCCAUUUCUUUCACUACUUCAAUUCUCUGUCCCGGCCCCUCCCCUCCCCUCCCCCUCUCUUUCGUUUAAUAUAUAUUUCACCUCUUUCAUCCCCUCUCCACUUUCCGCCCACUACUACUACGUACUUCAGCCACUGAAUCUUUGAUCGAACAGCUAGCUAGCAACGAUGAUUCAAAGAAGCGCACGCUUUGGUAACCUGGUUCGAGCGUUUCGGCUUGCUUCUUCUUCUUCAUCAUCCAAGAUUGGAGGUUACUAUGGACUUGCAUCUCAGGCUUCGUCUUCCCUGCAACAAGUGUGCGUAUCGACUAGCCGAGAUGCUGAGUACGCUAAUGUGGACUGGGAUAAUCUCGGAUUUGGUUUGGUGCCAACUGAUUACAUGUACAUUAUGAAGUGUUCUAAAGGUGAGGAUUUUGAACAAGGCCAACUUAGUGAUUUUGGAAACAUUGAACUAAGCCCUGCUGCCGGAGUUCUAAAUUAUGGGCAGGGGGUGUAUGAAGGUACAAAAGCAUAUAUGAAGGAAGAUGGGCGCCUUCUUCUGUUCCGUCCAGACCAGAAUGCAAUUCGCUUGAAAAUUAGUGCUGAGAGAAUGUGCAUGCCAUCACCCUCCAUUGAUCAAUUUAUAAAUUCUCUGAAGCAAACUGUCCUAGCCAACAAACGUUGGGUUCCUCCUCCAGGGAAAGGGUCUCUAUACAUUAGGCCUCUGAUUAUAGGAAGUGGUCAAAUAUUGGGUUUGGGUGCAGCACCUGAAUACACAUUCCUCAUAUAUGUUUCCCCUGUUGGCAACUACUUCAAGGAGGGUUUGGCACCCUUGAACUUGUAUGUUGAGGAUGAGUUUGAUCGUGCUUCUCUUGGUGGAACUGGAGGUGUCAAAGCAAUUACCAACUAUGCCCCAGGUUUGAAAGCAUUAACUAGAGCAAAGAACAGAGGAUUUUCUGAUGUCUUGUACCUAGAUUCAAUGAAAAAGAAAAGUCUCGAGGAGGUCUCUUCUUGUAACAUCUUUCUUGUGAAGGGCAAUUCCAUUUCAACUCCUGCAACAAAUGGUACCAUUCUCGCAGGAAUCACCCGUAAAAGCAUCAUCGACAUUGCUCGUGAUCAUGGUUACCAGGUUGAGGAACGUGUUAUUAUGGUUGACGAAUUGAUCCAUGCUGAUGAAGUUUUCUGCACGGGAACCGCUGUCGGUGUGGCUCCUGUAGGUAGCAUUACAUAUCAGGGUAAAAGGAUGGAAUUUAAAACGGGUGCUCAGACUGUGGCUCAGGAACUGUACUCGACCCUUGAAGCAAUAAAAAAGGGUCUAAUUGAGGAUAAGAAGGGCUGGAUAGUGGAGAUAGGUCGGGGACUCGCUCUUCUACCUACAACUUGGUUGCAGAUGAUAGUAUUGAUGUUCGUGUCCAGUAGAGGCCAUGAGGGUCGGGUUUUAGUUUGGAGCAUUAUGUAGUUUUUUGAAGCUUAUGUUUUUUUGCUCUUUUUUUUUAGUUUAUUCCAUGUUUAGAACUUAUGGUUAUGUAACAUUUAUUUUUUACUCUUAAAUAUCUUUUCAGAACUAGCAUUCUGAUGAUUAAUGCAAUAGUACUUUGGUUA